GCGGGGCUGCGCGCGCAGGGCCUGUGGCCUCCGGGUCCCAGCUGGCGCUGGGGCGCAAGGGGCUGCCAGGUGUGGGUGUUUUCCUUCAGUGGCCGAGAAGCCUAGGGAAGUAAGGGUGCCGCGAACACCAUCUCGUGAGAGUGGAGGUGGUUCGUGAGUGUGUGUGUGUGUGGAUCUGGUGCGGGGUGCCAGCAGCCAAUUCCCGGGGGCUGCUACCCCGCUGUCUUCCUCAUCCUCCCGCUCACCCUGCUCUUUCCCUACGACCCUCCCACGCCCUAACGGUCGCCCUCGGCGGUGGACACCCGGGAAGCAGAUGUGGGGGCAAGCGGGUCGCACCUGCCAAAAAGGGCGUGGGGGACAGCCCGCCACGGCCUCCAGCAGCCUGUGGGGCCUGGGCCGGAGCUGCGGCGGAGGCGCCAGCGGCAAGAAGAGCCUGAGCGCCCGCAACGCCGCGGUGGAGAGGAGGAACCUGAUCACCGUGUGCAGGUUUUCUGUGAAGACCCUGAUUGAUCGAUCCUGCUUUGAGACAAUUGAUGAUUCUUCUCCUGAAUUUAAUAAUUUUGCAGCUAUUUUGGAACAGAUUCUAAGUCACCGGCUAAAAGAGAUGUCCCAAAGUUGCAGAUGGCUGGCUCAUCUCCAAAUACCUCUUCAAGGUCAAGUAACCUGGUUUGGUUAUGAAAGUCCUCGUAGCUUCUGGGACUAUAUCAGAGUGGCUUGCCGGAAAGUUUCACAGAAUUGUAUCUGCAGCAUUGAAAACAUGGAAAAUGUCAGUUCCUCUAGAGCUAAGGGUAGAGCCUGGAUCAGAGUAGCACUCAUGGAAAAACACUUAUCUGAAUACAUCUCUACAGCUCUGAGAGACUUCAAAACAACCAGGAGAUUUUAUGAAGAUGGAGCAAUUGUCUUGGGUGAGGAAGCAAAUAUGCUUGCUGGCAUGUUGCUUGGACUCAAUGCUAUUGAUUUCAGCUUCUGCCUAAAGGGAGGAUUGGAUGGCAACUUUCCUGCUGUAAUAGACUAUACACCGUAUUUAAAGUUUACCCAAAGUUCUGAUAGCAUCAGCAGUGAUGAGGAGGAGCUGAGGACUUUGGGAAGCAGUGGUAGUGAAAGCAGCACUCCGGAGAACGUUGGGCCACCUUUCAUCAUGGAUGAGAAUAGUUGGUUCAACAAGUGUAAGAGAGUUAAACAAAAAUAUCAACUAACCCUGGAACAGAAGGGUUAUCUCGAAGAACUCUUACGACUUCGAGAGAACCAGCUGUCUGAAUCUGUCUCCCAAAACAAAAUACUGCUACAGAGGAUUGAAGACUCUGAUCUGGCUCAUAAACUGGAAAAGGAACAAUUAGAAUACAUAAUUGUGGAGCUUCAAGAUCAGCUGACUGUGCUAAAGAAUAAUGAUUUAAGAUCAAGACAAGAGUUAACUACCCACCUCACCAACCAGUGGCCUUCCCCAGGAGCUCUGGAUGUCAAUGCUGUUGCCUUGGAUACGUUGCUUUACCGAAAACACAAUAAACAGUGGUAUGAAAAAAGUUGUCAAAGUCUUGACCAGUUAUCAGCUGAAGUUAGCCUUUCUCAGUCCUCACUAGAUCCAGGACAGUCACAGGAAGGAGAUGGAAAACAAGACACAUUAAGUGAAGGUAAAGAAGAUACUCCUUCACUACUUGGUCUCUGUGGGUCUCUAACAUCAGUGGCAAGUUACAAAUCUCUAACAAGCCUAAAAUCUAAUGACUACCUUGCAAGUCCUACAACAGAGAUGACAAGUCCAGGUCUAACUCCAUCUUGAAAAAUUUUAUGUAAAAGCCAAAAGUUUUUAUGUUACACAUGUUCAAUUUACAUAAGUUUGACUGCUGGGAAAACCUUUGGAAUUUUCUAUUGUUCUGGCACAUGUCUGGAAUUCUAUUGCUUAUUAUAUAAUUCAGUCCAUUCCAUGUAAACUUCUGAGUAAAAAAAAAAAAAGAUCCUGCCAUUUUUCAUUUUAAACUUCUUAUACUUGUCACUGAGGAAGUAUAAAAUUGAAUAGGCUUAAAAAAAUGUUCAAGUGAUCCUCCAAAUUAACAGUCCAUUGGCAAAUCGUACAUAUAUUUAAAUUUAUCAUAAUUAGUAGAAACUGAGUUCAGUGUUUUAAUCUAGAUGCUUUAGCCAAGUAUUUUCUUUUGCUCUUUUAUUCAAUGAUCAAAUUUUCUAAAAAUGAUUUAUUUUUCAUGAAUUUCUUCCUAGGUUCCAUUGUUUAAAUGCCUUGUCUUUAAAGUGAGGAGAAAGGCUCUCAGCGACAGUUUCACAAUGGCUUGUUCAGAUUUUAACAGUUAUCAUUUGGCAUCAACUAAACAUUCCCCAUAACAUUUUAUAAAUUUUGUAGGAUGUGUCUUCAGUCAGUUUCUGAAUUUGUUAGGGUAAUAGGGAAAGUAUUUUACUGUAUUUUAGGUCAUUUCAGUAAAAUGAUUAAGUUUCUUGUCAUUGUUUCCCCAAGAUUUUCUUAAAAGGUUAUCAGUUUAAAAAUUGAUCAAGCUUAUGCCUCAUAAGUUGGAAACAUUUCAAAACAUAGAACAAAUGUUGAAAAAGUAUUUUAUCAGGAAAGAUUUCAGGAUCAUUUAAGGAAUUGAGAAGCUUUUAAGUAAGGAUCAGUAGGCUAAUCACCACACUUAACACUAUGUCUGACAUCUAGUGCUGUUUUUCUCCCUGGUGUACAGCAACAAAUUGUGUCAUGUAUGCUUCACAGUUUCUAUCAUUAAUCAUGCCCUAAUCUCAUUUUAAAGCUGAUGCUACUGUGAAAAACUGCUGCACUUCUACACUGUAAAAAAUUAGUUUUCUUUAAAAAAAAAAAAGCUAUGAACUGUCUUUUAAAUUUUUGCAAAUUUUGGAACUAUACAUUUGGUCCCUAAAAAUUCCACUGUACUGAGAGAGAAAAUAUCUGAAGUAUAUUUUCUAUAAUAACAUGAGGAAAAAAUGAUCAGUUGUGCCAAAGAAGUUUUAUACAUUGUUUACAUGAAGAGGCUUCUACAAUGCCUAUUGGGGACUUCAUAUACUUAUUUCUAUUUGUUAAUAAAACAUUACAUGCAAACUUAGUAGUUUUGACAUAUAGAAAGAAUGUUCCUCCUAAAAUAUUUUAUUGAGAGGAGAUAAGCACUUAUCACAGUCAUUAGUAAUGUGGGAGUGUGGUGAUUCUCUGCAAUAUUUAGAGCUUUACUCUCAAUUUGGAAUUUGAGAUAAUAAAUAGUAAUAAAAGGCUAGUCUUAUAUGUAAGACAGGUCAAACAGUGUCAUUUUAGGGACAAAGGAGGCCUGGGAACCCUUAAAAUAAAUUAUCUUAGAUGUACCAGAGCAUAUUCUGAGCUUUAUUCCUUUAGCUUAAGGCUUUAGUACUUGUAGUAAUGCAAGUAUUCUUGAGAAAUGGUACCUUUAAUCUAUUCUUAAUUCUGUGUACCCUAUUGUGAGGUAUCUAAAGCAAUCGGUAAGGAAUUCCCGUCGUGGCGUAGUGGUUAACAAAUCCUACUAGGAACUAUGAGGUUGAGGGUUCAAUCCCUGGCCUUGCUCAGUGGGUUAAGGAUCUGGCGUUGCCAUGAGCUGUGGUGUAGAUCGCAGACUCGGCUCAGAUCCCACGUUGCUGUGGCGUAGGCCGGUGGCUACAGCUCCGAUUCAACCCCUAGCCUUGCAACCUCCAUAUGCUGCGGGAGCGGCCCAAGAAAAGGGCAAAAAGACAAAAAUAAAUAAAUAAAUAAAUAAAGCAAUCAGUAAUAAGCAUGGAGAAUGGAAGGAAGGUUUAAAUGAGGACAAUAGAAAUACUGGGAGGAGGGAAUGAGAAAUGGUUUAAGGAGAGGAACUUCAAAAAUUUUAGGAUGGCCUUAAGCACAAUUGCUAUUUUGCUAACAACUAUCAGAAUGUUUAAAUGCUUUCAUUCAUGGUCCACUCUCAAAUGACAUUUAUUAUCCUUUAGUAAUUUUAAAAAAUCAUAUUAAAUUUUUCCAUUCAUUUUUAUAAUAUAGAAAGGAAAUAAUACAAGAUCCCAUAAUUGAUAAAAAUUUUUCAAAUUUGCCCAAUGUGUACAGUAACUUGUGGAUCAACAUGCUGCUAAAUGCAGAUUUAAAACAUGACAUCUGAGGAUUAAUGACUUUUCCUCCUUUCUUGGAGCUCUUGGUAUAAAAUUCAUCUGCUAAUGUGAAUCAGGUUUCUACAUAGUUCAUUUCAUAUUUAGUUAUGAGGUAGUUUAUUAAUGUUUGCAUGAGGUAUGUCUCAGUCUUUAAUUUUAGGUAGUAGUGUUUAUGGUUCACACAUUCUCCUCUAAACAGAAUGCUGAAUUAUAUCCUAAUAUUUCCAUGUGUAUUUUGUUGCCUUGAUGUACUAUAUAUAUUUGUUGCAUGUAUAUUAAACAUUUUGUACCAUGCAGUAGUAGUCUUUUUUCCUUGACAAAAAGUUGCUUGAUUCAAAUUGUACACUGAACCUUUGUUUCAACAAUGGGGUAAAUUUUACUUAAUACCUAAAAUACUAAUAUGAAAAUGGUUUUGGAGAAAUCCUCAUUACAACUCAUGUCAAAUUCUUUUUUUUUUUUUUUUGGCUGCAGGCAAGGCAUGCAGAAGUUCCUGGGCCAGGAUUCGAAACCACACAACAAAAGUGACAAUGCCAGAUCCUUCACCUGAUGAGCCACCAGGGAACUCCAAUACUCAUUUUUUUAAUGAUAUGAUAUACUUUAGAAUGACAACAUCUAUUGAAGUAUCAGCAUUAAAUAAAACCAUAAAUCCUUAAGCAGUAAGUACCAAAUACAAGAUUAUUAUGACUGACAGAAACCUUAAAAAUGCAAGUAGACUAAGCUGGGCUUUACUUAAAUCAUCUUUAUUAGAUUCAAGUACAAGUUUUUAAGUGGUUAAAAAUGUGUCUCUGAGUUCCCGUUGUGGCGCAGUGGUUAACAAACCCGACUAGGAACCAUGAUGUUGCGGGUUUGAUCCCUGGCCUUGUUCAGUGGGUUAAGGAUCAGGCGUUGCCGUGAGCUGUGGUGUGGGUCGCAGACGCAGUUCGGAUCCCACGUUGCUGUGACUCUGGCAUAGGCCAGUGGCUACAGCUCCGAUCAGACCCUCUGGGACCCUCUGGCCUAGGAACCUCCAUAUGCCACAGGAGCGGCUCAAGAAAAGGCAAAAAGACCAAAAAAAAAAAAAAAAGUACUGCUCUUGUGGAAAAACAAAGCACAACUCUUUAACUUUUAGAGCUGUGCCAAAAAUUCUUCCUCGGUUUUCUCUUGCCUUCUUAUUCCUCCUUUGGCGAACAAGGCCCCCUGGCCUCCAUUUCCAAUCUGAUCUCCUACAUGGCCAUGUAAUACUCUCUGCUGAAGCCACUGGCACUAAACACCACUGCCUGAUUGAGACUCCCAACCUCCAGGUAUGUUUGUUUAGUUGGAUCACCUGUCCCAAACUUAAAAGCAUUUCCUGACCCCCAGACUGAGGGGAGAAUUCUGCUUUUCCAUUACUCCUUUUGCAUACACAAAAAGGUUUCACAGCUGAAACCUAAAGGCCAGUGACAUAAUCUGAAAUGUUUUAUCUCCAGUGUUUCUAUACCACCUACCACAUUAAAAGGUCUCAGUAAGUGCUGAAUGAUAAAUUAAAACAUAACAGCAAUUUAAUUUUGAAAAAAUUGAAAAGUGAUUCACUAACCUUUUCCAUAUCCCUGGUAUUUGUGCCCCAGAAAAAAAGAGGGAAAUUUUUAAGAGUCGAUUAUGGUUACAUAUAGUAAACAGUUUUCCUAGAACUAAAAAAUUUAUUUUAACUCAGUAUUACCUUUUUAUUUGUUUUUUCUUGUCUUUUUGUCUUUUUAGGGCCGCACCCAUGGCAUAUGGUGGUUUCCAAGCUAGGGGUCAAAUGGGAGCUGCAGCUGCUGGCCUACGCCACAGCCACAGCAACACAAGAUCCAAGCAACAUCUGUGACCUACAACACAGCUCAGGACAAUGCUGGACCCUUAAUCCACUGAGUAAGGCCAGGGACUAAACCUAUGUCCUCAUGGAUACUAGUCAGAUUCAUUUCUGCUGAACUACAAGGGGAACUCCAAUAUAUUACUUUUUUAAAAAGUCAUAUAUAUAUUAUAUGAAAGGUAACAAACAUGUAAUAUUUGAAUAAGACAUUUUUUCUUAAAAAACUUACACAUAAAUAAAUGUGUAGGUGAGAAAUUUUGACAUUAACAGAAUUACACUGUUUGCUUUUAGAAACAUUACCAAGAACACAAUUUCUAGCCAAGCACUUUUUGGUUGGUACUAUUAAUGCUUCUUUACCACUUACAUCUAGAGAAGCUUCAAUUCAGCCUUCUUUUCAUCCAGAUACACUGCAGGUAAAGUAUGUUAGAAAAAGUGUAGGAUUUAUUAUUGUAGUCAUAAAUAAGAACUUUCCACAAGUGCAGUCAGUAUAGGGGCAGGGGAAGAUGAAUUCCCUUCUGGUAUUUAUAAGUGACUUUACAUUGAAAUAUGUGAUUGCUUUUUGAGAGCACUGUUCAAAAGCUAAAUUUUUUUUGUAUCACUUAUCAAAAAAGAAGCAUAACAAUCAAGGUAAAUUUAGAUUUAAAAAUGUUAAACAUCAGUAUUCAAGAUAAACUUGUGUGUGUGUUUUAUAGAUGUGUGUAGAAAAGCAUUCAUAAUGAUUUUAUAUGAAAAUACUUAGCUGAAAGCACAGUGAUAAUUUUAAGAAAGAACAAAAUAUUUAAAAUAUAAGUUAUAAAUAUUUAUGUUUUAUGGGUAUAUAUGUUGCAAAUUUAAGGUAACAGGAUAAAAUAAACACAAAACUUUAAAUACAAACCCUAUACAGUUUAUUUCUGGUGAAAGUUUUCUAAUGUAAUAGAAAAUACAUUGAUUCUUCAACCAACACUAGAGAAGAUUUGUUGCUUAAAUAUAUUAACUAUGUUUUAGGGGGAAAAAUGCCUCAUAUUUUCAUAGAAUAUACAUAGACUGCAAUAAAGUGCUUCCUCUUACAGGUUACAGAUCCUGAGAAAAUCAAAAAUAUUUUGUUUCUUGAAAUCGUAUCCUUUUUAUUCUAUUCCUACAUUCAUAACUAAAUUAAUCAAACAUUAUUAGCCUACAGUGACCGAAAGCUCUUUCUUCAAGGAGACUGCUGCCUGCUUAGUUCUAAGUCUAGCAUAUGAUGUGAGAUAUGUAAAAUCAAGGGACAUUUUGGAAAUAUUUUAUGACUGAUACCAUAUUAAUAAUCUGUUUUGUUAGAACAAGCCAACAGAAGCGACCUAGAGAACUCCACAAAGGGUGGUCUUGAAUUGCAAGAUGGCUGAAACCAGACUCUUCCUGUGCUGAAAUAUCAUUUUUACUAAAUACAGCAUGGUUUCCUACUGCACACCCAAAUUUGACUGAAGUGAACAUUUAAUAUGGUCAGUAAAGCUCCCUCUGUCUUGCACAAAAAGUAGGUAAUACAGGGUCUUUGAUCAUCAAAAACAGCAGCAUUGACACACAAAUUAUAUUUUUGGUUCAUGAAGA